UGGAACUAGAUAAUAAAGAUGGCGUUGUUAAGCAAGACUUCGCCUGAAUUUCGAAAUUUUUUCAUUUACAACUCGACCUUUGGACCAAAAGAAGGCAUGGAAAAAGAGAAGAUUCUUCUUUACCUUCCUCCAGAGGAGGAUAUUGAAAAGCAGAUUCGCAAUGUUGGACUAUGCGAAGCCAUUGUGAAAUUUACACAGCAGUUUACUCCUGACAAGCCUUGUGAAUCACUUCAUACACAGAAAACGAGACAGGUUUUCUAUGAACCAGAAACAGAUUUCUGGAUGAUCAUGACAGUGACGAUACCAUUUAGCGAAAAGAUGGCGGAUAGUAAUCAAGCGGAAAGACAUUAUCAUCACGAAGAUGUUCACGACAACGUUCUUAUUGCCGUAUUAAAACAAACAUAUCAAAUGUUUAAGUUGUUUAAUGGCUCUUUUCGGGACAUUAAUGCUUUUUGUGAUCUAAAUGAGCUACGAAGACGAUUGGGAUACUUCUUUGCUAGGUAUUUAGGAACGAUUGACUUCUCGAAAGUGGAUAUAUUGAGCGUUUUUUCAGGAAUACAAUUCCUACCGCUGGACAAAACAACGUUUCUAAAAAUCAGCUGUUUCAUGAAUUUGAUUGAACAUAAAUUUAGUUCCAUAAAGUACACGGUGUUCAUGUACGACGAUCAAAUUGUUUGGAGUGGUCUUGAGCAAGAAGAUAUGAGAGUGCUGUAUAGAUAUCUAACGACAAGUUUGAUUCCUGUCGCGAAUGAAGAGUGGGCUGCGUAUGAGAAACAAAUGAUCGCGCGUGGAGAAAACACGUCCUCGCGAAAUCAUCGUGGAAGGUUUGUCACGUGUCCACCAGACUUGAUGGAGGAUGUUCGAGGGCCUCCGCGUAAGUUACCGCGGAUAUUUAUUGAGGAAGAAGAUGGCUUGAAAGAGUUCUUCUUGGUGGUUUAUCAGGCUGUAGAUGCUGUUGUUAGUAUGUUAGUUGCAGUAAAUGAACCGCCCGAUAAAGAAAUUUGUAAACAGCUGAGUGGUUUUGUUGGACACAGAUUGACAAAUUUGGCAAAUGUUAUUAGCGAGCAUGUCAAAACAAAGAAAGCCAAUUUAACUGUGGAACAGGAAUACCGUUAUGUUUACUUCAAUCACAUGAACCUAGCUCAGAAGACAACAAUCCACAACAAAAAACAGAAUUCGACGUUUGUCCCCCCUGAAAUCAUCAAAAUAAUUUGUAACAUAAAUGCGGACUUUGCAAGGGCAAACGAUGAUGGUGAAGUGUAUAUGAAAACUCUCACGGAUUGUUGGGUUGUUGGUCGAAAGUCGGAUCAACGAGAACUCUACGUCAUAAUUAAUCAAAAAAAUGCCAAUUUGAUUGAUGUUAAUGAGGAAGUGAAGAGAAUGACUGCGAUGCACUUCAAUCAAAUAUUCUUUCUGGAUUGAACAAAAUUUCUUUAUCUUCAAAGGUGGGAUUAGACCUACAGUACUUAUAAAUAUAUUGUAUAUGAGACAUAGAUUUUUAUUCGUGUCUUUAAAAUAAAAUACUGUUCCAUUCUA